GGUUUUCUUACGAAACAGUACUUACAUUGUAGUUACCAUGCGUGCGCUCACGAUCUCACGAUAAUAAGAGCAUUUUGUAUGCAGCGUUGAACCGAAAUUGCUUUGACGCGCUGCCCAAAUGUUUCAAGAUGGACGUUAAGGAUAUUUACGACACGGAAAUAGAUCAAACAUUGUAUUUUAUUGUCACAUUAACCUUCAAAUCUUAGCGCGUAACUAUUCCAAAUUACACCAGAUUGUUCUACUCUUAAAAUGGUAAAUAUAUUCGUAUAUAAAAUAAACACUAAAACUUACUAAAACAAAAUACAUGUAGUGUGGUAUCGCAACAGCAAUCGCUAUGCACAGCAAUGACCCAUCGCGAUGACCGCGAUGUAAUAAAACAAUUGACUGAACUAGAAAAACAAGGAAAAGAACAAACAAGUAGGUAUAUAGGUAUCUUAAACAUUAAAUUAUAUGUAAAAGAAGUCUGACGGCUGCAAAGCACGUAUCAAGCGCGUGGCAGUGGUAGCAUUGGCGUGGUGGGCGCGGUGGCGCGCAGGGCGCCGACGAAUGUUAGCCCUGGCCAGUCAGCUAACCGGCCCGCCAGCGCUUCCCGUACUUGGCAACGCUUUGAGAUUCAUGGUCCCAUCCGAAGAACUGAGCAACGUGGUCGGCGAGCUAAUGCAGGAAUAUGGCGAUGUGUGGCGGUUCUGGCUCGGACCCGACCUCAACGUGGUCGUCAGCGAUCCUGAUGAUGUCAAGAAUCUCCUCAUGAACUCGAAAACUAGCACCAAAGGACCGCAGUAUAAGUACAUGGCUGAUUUUUUAGGAGAAGGCAUUCUGAGCGGGUCAGGGCCAACUUGGCGAACACGAAGGAAAAUAGCGCUGCCCAACUACGGCCGGAGGGCAGUGGAGAGCUACGAAGAGGUGUUCAACAGGGAGGCUGACCAGACGCUGGCGAGGCUGCGGGGCCGAGUCGGCGAGGCCUUCGACAUUUACGACGACGUCGUCACGGGAACCACUUACACUAUUUGCCAGGCAUUGAUGGGAUUGACGAGACAACAAACACUGAACCUGCCACAUAUGCAUUCGAUCAUCAGCGAAUCACACGAGAUAUAUUUACUCGUCUUCAUGAGGAUGACGAAAUGGUAUCUUCAAAUAGAACCACUGUACAGAAUAACAAAAUAUUAUCAAAUGCAAAUAAAGUUUAUAAAGAAGAUGCAAGAGAUGGUAGACGCUAUUGUGCAGCACAGACUUAAAGUCCUGGAAGCCAUGGGUGAUGAAAGGAAAAUGGAGAUCCUUAAAUUAGAAGGUGACAAUGAACACAACACCGAACUAAGUGUCGUAGAUAGGCUUGUGUUGUCUAAUCAAAUAUCAAGCUAUGAUGAAAUGCUGAGGGAAAUAUUCACACUAUUUACUUCGAGUCAAGAGGCAACGGCAAAGAUGGCAUCUUUCUUAUUGCUGAUGAUGGCGUAUCAUCCUGACCAUCAGGAAAAGGUGUACGCAGAAAUAAAAAGCGUAUUUGGCGAUAGUGACAGAGACGUCACUGAUGACGACAUCAAGCAGAUGCCGUACCUAGACAUGACGUUCAAGGAGGUACUGCGGCUCUUCCCUAUCGGAGUGAUGCUGCAGAGGACCAUAUCUGACGAUAUCCAAAUAAGUAACGCAACAUUGCCGGCCGGCUGCUCGCUCGUCAUCCCAAUCUUUCACAUGCAUCGCGACAAGCGGUACUGGAGCAACCCGAACAGCUUUGACCCAGAGCGAUUUAGCCCCGAUCAAGCGAAGCUGCGCCACGGUAGCUGCUAUAUACCAUUCAGCUUGGGACCGAUGGAUUGCAUGGGGAGAUAUUUCGGCACCAAACUGGUGAAGACUAUGUGCGUGAAGGUGUUACGUGAGUUCCGGCUGACUUCUCCGGAGUCGUACGAAGACAUGCGCCUCGUGCUGGCCGUGUCCGUCGCCUCCGUCAAUGGCUACCCCGUCCAGCUACAUCAUCGGAAAUGUUAACGUGCUCCUUAAAACAUUAAUAUUAGUAUUUUAUGUAAUACUCCUUAAUAUCCUCCUUGCUACAAACUGCGAUUAUACAUUAGUAAUUAGUGUAAAGAUACUGUAAGUAAUAAAUAU